AUGGAACUUCGUAUCGGGAAUAAGUUCCGGCUUGGUCGGAAAAUUGGUAGCGGCGCAUUCGGAGAGAUUUAUCUUGGAACUGAUGUUCAAAGUAACGAAGAUGUUGCAAUUAAGUUUGAAAGUGUGAAGACUGUGCAUCCACAAUUAGCAUAUGAGUCAAGGAUAUAUAGAGUUCUUCAGAGUGGAAAUGGUAUUCCAAACAUGAAAUGGUAUGGCAAAUUUAGUUUGAAGACAGUUCUCAUGCUAGCUGAUCAAAUGAUUAAUCGGCUCGAGUUUAUCCAUUCUAAGUCGUUUCUUCAUCGCGAUAUAAAGCCGGAUAAUUUUCUUAUGGGUAAGGCUGGCAAAUCAGACUUUGGCUUGGCUAGGAAAUAUAGAGAUAGCUCAAGCUACCGACAUAUUCCAUAUAGGGAGAAUAAAAGUCUAACUGGGACUCCGGCGUAUGCCAGCUUGAACACUCACCUAGGGAUCGAGCAAAGUCGGAGGGAUGAUGUAGAAUCACUUGGUUAUAUCCUCAUGUACUUCCUCAAAGGAAGUCUCCCAUGGAAGGGACUAAAAGCUGGGAAUAAGAAACAGAAAUAUGACAAGAUUAGCGAGAAGAAGGUUUCAACUUCCAUCGAAACGUUAUGUGAAGGUCAUCCAAUAGAGUUUGCAACCUACAUCCAUUACUGCCGCUCGCUUAGGUUCGAUGAUAAGCCAGACUAUGCCUAUUUGAAGAGACUGUUCCGCGACCUUUUUAUUCGUGAAGGUUUUCAGUUUGAUUUUGUGUUUGACUGGACGGUGUUAAAGCUGCCCGCAAUCACAAUGCCGAAACCCUCCACCUUGUGCAAAUGCACACUCUUGAUACUUUCAACUUUUUGA